GUUAUUGUCGUUAACGGACUGUUUGGGCUCCGAGCAGAAGGCUGAUUAAAAACAUCACUACUCUCUAAGCGGGGGUCAUGUCGUUCUGUUCUUUCUUCGGUGGAGAGGUCUUUAAAGACCAUUUUAAACCAGGGAUUUAUGUCUGCUCCAAGUGUGAUCACCAGCUGUUCUCCAGCCGCUCCAAGUACGAGCACUCGUCCCCCUGGCCGGCCUUCACAGAGACCGUCCGUGAGGACAGUGUCUCCAAACACGAGGAGAGACCUGGGGCGUACAAGGUGCGGUGUGGGAAGUGUGGAAAUGGACUGGGCCACGAGUUUGUGAAUGACGGGCCAGCCAAAGGGUUGUCUCGCUUCUGAAUAUUCAGCAGCUCACUGAAGUUCAUCCCUAAAGAUAAGGUCGAUGGACAGUAAGGUGAGCUGGAAGGGGGACGUGUUGCCAGACUUGUAGAAGUUUCUUUGUGCUGCUGAAGGCGCGGUCAGUGGAUGAAGAGUUCUGGGACAAAGCCCAGGCUGGGAGCACCAGGCCUCUGAUGAAUGGUGGCCUCACUGGACAGCAAGAACAGAGAACUGGUCUCAGCACCUUUUUAUUAUGCAAUCAUCACAGACUCAGUGACCAGGAUCACCUCGCUGAAGACACAAUCACUGUCUCAUCAGUUUUACAUUGAUUGACGCUUGUAUCAUCUCAUGGUGUGAGCAGACUUCUCAUGGUUCUGUAAUCUAUUUCUUACUGGGAGACUAAAAGUGUUUGUUUGUUUACCUUCACAGUUUUUCUUGUAGGUCUUCUGAUUUCGCAAAACUGUCCAAGUAAAUGAACCAAUAUACCAGAAAACAGUAGCUUACAGAAUCGAAUCUAAGAAUAGAUGAACCUUUUCCAAAGAUACUCAUGAUGUUUGUUUUAAAAUAAUUUGUCAGUAAUGGCCUCUGCGGUGUUUCAUAUGCUAGAUGCAGAAAAUGUAAAUGCUAUAUCAUUAAAGAAAAUAAUGCUGAUGCAGUCUA